UACCGUGUGCGUUGUGAAGUUUUUUGCACUUGCACACAUGCGGUCACAUUGCUAACUUACUUCAACGUGUUAGAAUGGGUGGAAAAACGAAACAAGCACCUCGCACCAAAAACAAUGCAAAGCCAUCGAGCAGCAGCCGCUCCGCGGAACUGCUGGGCACUACAACGCCUAUCUUUGUUGGCUUCUCGGCUCAAGCCGAUGGCAACUUGGUGCCCUUUGCUCCUGGCUUUGCCAGCGCCGAACAAAUGCCAGAGACAUUCGAUGCCAGCAUCAGCCCACAGACACAAAUAAUACUGCGCAAGCUAUCCAAAAAGGAUCCAAUGACAAAAAAAAAGGCGCUGCAGGAGUUGCACGAACACAUAACAGAAUCCGAUUUGGAUGCACUCAAAAAUAUUUUGCCACUGUGGCCAAAAUUUUAUCACAAUCUGGCCAACGACGUUGAGCACUCGGUGCGUGAACAAACGCAGCUGGUGCUGCAGUUGCUUGUCUCCAAAUGCAAGCGCGCCAUGGCUCCGUAUCUGAAGCAACUGGUGCCCGUUUGGCUGGCCAGUCGAUAUGACAGCUAUGCGCCGGCAGCAAGCAUUGCCAGCAAUUCUUUUCGUGAGACCUUUGCACGCACUGGCGAGGUCUGCUUGCAUUGUCAGAGUGAAAUAAUUGAGUAUUGCACGCGGAAUUUGACCUUUCACACGCCUGCGACGCUUUCAAUAGGCAAAAGUCUAAAACCGGAGGAAGCAGAGCAAAAGUAUCAGCGUGUCGUCAUCGGCAGCUUUAAGGUCUUGUCCUUUUUCAUCGAGCAAACGUCGCAGGCGGAGGAGCAAGGGCAGCUAAAGCAGGGAUUGACGACGCUGUUAGCGCACCAUAAGUUCUGGACCUUUGCUAAGCACAAGCUGCCAGCCAUAAAAGCCGCUUGGUUUGAUUGUAUCUAUCAUGUGCUGCAAUGCCCCUAUCUGCAGGAAGUGCUUAUACCCCAAAAAUCGCAACUUAUAACCACGAGUUUUCAAUUUAUCGACGACGCUGAUCCUCUGGUGGCUCCCCACGUUUGGGGUUGCGUGCUGCUCCUGCAAAACAACUAUGAGGAUUGGUAUUCUCCACUCAAUAUUCGCAAGGCGCUGCUGCCGAAACUCUCAUCACUGCUGCGCAAUGCCUUCAAUCGCAAUGCUCACGCCAUUUGUCCGAAUCUGCUCCCGUUCCUGUCCAAAAUUACUCAGGCUAGCUUGCAAGACUUGGAUAUUUACGAGUUCUAUCAGCGUUUCUUCGAUGAUUUAAAAGCUGCCAUCGUGGGUCCACAUGAGCCACCACUAUCCAAAGCGGACACUUCGAUCAUGCACAAUGCGUACUUUGAAUGUUUGCGCUUUAUACUGCAACAGGUCAACAACAAUCCGCAGCGUACUGAUGCAAUAGAGGAGUUUGGCUUGCUGCUCCUGGAACAGCAGCUAUUGGAGCCCAUUGGGAACCUGCUGCGAAGUGAGAGUACCCAUGUCAAGUAUUUUUUCCAACAAGCCUCAGCGUUGGUUGCUUUCUGGGAUCGUGAAUGCAAUAAUGUUGUCGAUAAAAGUUCCUGCUCUUUGUAUGUUAAAUUACUGAACAAGUUCUGGACGCGCAUUUUUGAGCUGGUCACACAAGAUCUUGGGGUGGAAGAUGUCAAUGAGCAGCUGCUGUCUCAUGUGCUGCUGCUGGUGCAGGAUCUGCAUGUGGCAAAUCCCAGCUUGGAAUCGCAGUGCGUCAAGUUCGUGGAGGCAGACAAGGAAAACAAUCUUGACACGGCUUCGCAACAAUCAACGCCCACCAGAAAAGUGCACGACGCAGCCGCAUUCAUACAAAAAGAGCUCAAACAGCUUGUGGUAAAAUUGGUGCGCAUUUGCCUGGACAAAGCGAGCAGCAGCAGCAACUCCGCUCGGUUCAUAAGCCAGGUCCGCACGCUGACUAAAAUGUUCACAGAUGCCGAAUUCUACAAAAGUCUGACAGAACAAGGUGAACUGCGUGCAACGCUGGAUAAAUUUGUGGCACUCUUGGGAAAAUUAAAUGACGAUGCCAGCGAAUCGGUGGUAGAAAUACUCUUUGAGAUUCUUUCCCUGCUUGAGCCGGAGCCUCGCUUUGAGUACAUUGCUGACACGCUAUUGAAGAUAAAACAACAACGCGUACAAAAUCUUUUGCUGCAUCGUUUGCUCUCGUAUCCGCUGUGCACAGAGCCUGCCGUGCGCCAAAUGCUCGCCAGCCCAGAGACCUGUACUAUUAUCACACGCAUUGCCGAGGAAGUUGUUGUGGAUAACAAUCGCGAUAAAUUGAACUUGUUGCAUAAAUGCUUCUUUCAAACGGACACGGGUGAUAUCCUAAUUAAUGCGGCGACCGUCGAUAAAAUACUGCUAGCCAUGUGUGUGCCGCUAGAGGAAACAACAGCCAACGAUAUGGUUGAGGUGUGUGGCAGUUUUAUAGCACAGAUUAUGCCCGUUAUAUGCAGCAAGGAGAACUCUUCGCUGGCAGUGCGUCGGCAGGUCUUUUUAAGGUUGUACAAGUUUAGCUUAGAGCAACCAGCUAGCGACUAUUUGUCGGAGGAUACGCUGUGGGAGAUAACUACCUGCUGGCAGGAUGCGCUCUCCAGCAAAGACAUUGAAAUCAACGAUGAGCUUCUGAAAAGUUGUGCACUCAUUGUGGAGGAACUUGCACUGAAUACUGAGCUGAACGGCAGCAGCCUGGAUGGCAUGGCUGAAGCUAUGGCCAAAUUUGUCAUUUGCUCUACGGAGAACAUUGAAGAUGAGGUCGAGCGUUUAUCGCGCAUUGACGAGACCAUGGUGGCGCUGCUCAGCUCUAAAGUGAAAACAGCCGACAGUGUGUUGCAAUUCGAGCAGCAUUGUGUGUACCUGGAUACGCUGUACUCUUCGAAAAGCGCUGGUGUAGCCUUCGAAAGUGCAGCCUUCGACGAACCUAAAAUUCUGCCGCUGCUACGACGCGCGGCUUUGAAUUUUGCCACAAUCUGCAAGCUGGUUUGCCGUGUUGAUAAUCCGCAGCUACCGCAACAGUCCAACGAAUGCGAAGAUGAGCUAACCGAAGACUACUGUGAUCCCAAUGCCAAUCUGCUCAAGCAAUGGAGCGAGUGUUUAAUUUUGGAAGUACUGCAGUGCAUGCAGGUGGCUGGUGCUGCAGAUGCCUGGCUGGAGGUCAGCUUUAGAGUGGAUGGAGCUUGUGAAGAGCUGGCGCUAAGUCUAUCCGAACAGGUGCGCAGCUUCAUGGGCAACAGCAGUGAAUUGGUGGGCAUCAUUAGGCAGCGGCUGGAACAGGCAGCUUUAAAACAAAAUAGCGUCAUAAGCUGUCGCCUGUUGAGUUAUCUGAUUUACACAGACCAAUAUGCGCCCUUUGAAGAAAACGCUGCAAUUCUGCUCCAUGAAGCUCUCGGCGAGAUGCUUUUAUCGCAAGGCGCGGUCAAUGCAUAUGUGAUGACACUGCAGCACUUGCUUCCGAAACUCUCGCAGCGAUCACUUUGCUGGAAUAGCGCCAUCAUGCGCAUGGAACCUACUGAUUGGUGGACGAAGGCAGCAGUCUAUCGUUGUUUACUACUCAAUAACUUUCAGUCUGAUCAAAAUAAGAAAACGGAUCGAAACUUUAUUACCUCGGCAUUGCAGUUCUUAACCCGCGUUGGUGAACAGCAAAAUGCGAAAAAAGAGCUGCUGCAUUAUAAUGUAGAGUUAAUAAAUCAACCAUAUGAAGAAGUGCUAAAUACCGUGGAAAUCAUUAAGCUGCUAAAUGAAAUCUUGCAACGCUUUCCCCAUGAACUGAACAUUAAGAACUGGGAUACGAUAAGCAUUGGCCUUGGCUCUUGGAUGCUUACUGUUUCCAAGUCUAUAGCAUAUUACAGCGAUCCAAAGACUUCUUUUUUCGUUGUGGCUGUGUUUCAACUGUUCGCAUCGCUCAAUUGUUUCAUACGCUCGGAGAAGCAAAAGAGCUCAACGGAACUACUUAAGAAUGUGAUCGAUGAGUGGGAGAGCCUCUUUGCCAGGAUGGUCAAUGUGGUGCUCUUUAAAUCAUAUUAUAAACUGACUCAUGAGGCAGGUGUGCAACCAGAAUUUCGCGUGUGCUACGAGGCGUUGAUAGAGAAUCUAAUGCCCGCGCUGGAAGUGCUGGACUAUAGCUUUAUUUACGGGUUCUGUAAAGUGCCAAACUCAAAGCUAUCCCUGGAUCAUCUAUGCAAUUUUCUGCUGAAACAACUUCACAGCUCGCAGCAUUGCGUGCGCCUAAAUGCAGUUCAUGCUCUGCGCCAGUUAACGCCCCAGUUUGUGGCCGACGACAUUGCGCUGAAUGAAAAAGAAAGCGAUGAUAUUGAAGCUGCCUCUUCGACGAUCGCCAAGUGGCACUUUCUUAAUCGUUUAGAGGAUUAUUUGAAUCGCUAUGACUCGCUCAUACGUAAGUAUUUGGAGGAGUUCAGUUUUAAGGUCACCGAACUAGAGGAUCUGGAGCCAAUUGAUAGACACGAUGCCUAUAGCUAUUUGCUAUUAUGGGACUGUGUUAUAAAUACCUGCGCCAAGUCGCCAGUUGCAUUGCGCUCUGUCUACACAAGCUGGCUGAACGAGAAUCAUUACGAGGAGAAUUUUCUACACUUUCUCUUUCGCGCCAUGCCGGUGGAUAUAUUGAAGAAUCAUAGCGCCAAGGUGCAUAGCAAUGGUGUUUACAAGGAGCUUAGCUGGUCUCAACUGAAGGAUCCUCAACUCCCACUGGAGCGGUAUGCAUGCCAUCUGUAUACGGAGGUGUUGCGCAAGUUGCCAGCCGUGGUGCGCAAAUGGUGGAACACCAGUCCGUCCAGGCAGAAAAACUUUGUGGACAAUCUGACGACCAAUUACGUUAGCGCACUGAUAUGCAGCGAGGAGCUGAAGGCAAUCGUCAAUCGCAAGGAAAAACAUGAGAAUAUGCAGGUGACAGUCCACACAUCCACUCGAGAGGUUUUGGCUGUCUAUGCCAUUGAUGAAGCACGCAUGGAGCUCGUCAUUACCCUGGCGCCUAAUUAUCCGCUUGGCGCUGUAAAAGUUGAAUGCGGCAAGCAAAUUGGCGGACGCGCCACCUCACGUAACGUUGGCAUGCAGCUGACCAUCUUUUUGACUCAUCAGAAUGGCACCAUUAAUGACGGUCUAACGCUGUGGAAAAACAAUCUGGAUAAGAAAUUCGAGGGCGUGGAGGAAUGUUAUGUUUGUUAUACGGUUAUACACCAGGACACGUGCCAGUUACCCAAAUUGACGUGCAAGACAUGCAAAAAGAAAUUCCACGGGCCGUGUUUGUACAAAUGGUUCACGACGAGCAGCAAAUCCACCUGUCCAAUUUGCCGCAAUGUCUUCUGAAAGAUCUACUUAAUUGCUUUAGUUUGGCGACACGUAUUAAUCUAGGCACAAUAAAAGCUUUGCCGAUA